GAUGGAUCCGAAUGAAGACGAUCUCUGUGAUAUCGAGGGCAAUGAAGAUAUUCAGAAACAGGAUAAUGAUGAAACAGUCGUUGAAAGUUUUGACGAAAAUGAAGAUUUACCUAACCAACUCCGACAAGUCGAAACGGCUGUGACUGAUAUGAGAGAUGUUUUCACAUCGGCUUUGUCAGCCUUGAAAACUAUGCAAAAUGACGAUGAACAACUUCAACAGAAAGUUGAUGAUCAUAAAAAAGAGCAUGAGAGGCAAUUAUCCCAAGUUGUUCGAAUGGUUUUGUCGUUAAAGAAUGACUUUGGGGCUGUUCUUCAUCAACUAACCAUCGAAUCCCACGUACAAAGGAAUUUACGUCAACAAGUUUCUGCUUUACAAAGUGAUAGGCAGCUUCUUCUUGAGGAGCUCCACCGUGCAGGCGCUAUAUCAGAUUCCUUAUAUGAAGAACACAAUGCGUGUGAAAGUUCAGAAGAGAGCGAUCAAGAACCUCUAUCGCUUCUACUACGGAAAGCCAGAAUGGUAUUUGGUAUAUCAUUGUCAUGUAAAAGUGAAGAAGACUCAGGAGUGACAACAACCGAUUCAUCAGUUUCACCCGAAUCUCCUCGUUCAGUCAACCAAGAAAAUUCUUACAUCGUGACCCUUCCACCCCCACCAUCCCCUGUCGACGACGUUGAAGCUUCGGCUUAUGACAGUGAUAGCUCUAUAACCGCUGCCGCUAAUAAAAGUCUAGAUCUCUCACGAUCAUUGGGAGAUAAUUGUCUUGAAGUAACAGCUAUAGAAUUAUCAUCCGAUGAAGAAGACACUAGAAAGGACACUGAGAAAGAAGAAAUGAAAAAGCAUACACCUCCGGUUUCACCAAGAACGGAUGCGGACGGUGCGGCUAGGUCGCCAUUUCGAAAACCUACAACACCCGUGAGAAAAGUUCCACCACACGAAAGACGAAUUAAACAGAUACAACGAAACAACGUUGCACAAGAACUCUACGAAACGGAAAAAAAAUAUUGCAAUAAUUUAUGGAUUCUCUUGGAUCAUUUUGCUGAGCCAAUUAGAAAAUCGGAAGUAAUCUCAUCAAAGGAAUUAUCGACAAUGUUACCGCAAGUACUAAUAACUUUAUACCAAAGUCAUUGUACAAUACUUCAAAAGUUGGAAGAUCGAGUAUCUCAUUCGAGUAAUUAUAAAGGAAUGUUUGGUGAUAUCUUUGCUCGUUUUAUCGCUGAUACAGACGGUGAAUUAUUUCAGCAUUAUCAAAAAUACGUAAGGGAAUUUCCUGAUGCUAUUCUUCAGAUAAAAAAGUCCUGUAGGACCUGCCCGAAGUUUAGAAAAUUUCUACGACAACAACUUGAUGACCCAGUUUGUGAAGGUUUGGAUUUGGGCUCAUUUCUCCUCACGCCUGUACAAAGAAUUCCUCGCUAUGUACUUUUAUUAAAGCAAAUGUUAAAGUGUACUGAGGAAGAUCACCCAGACCACUACCAACUUCAAUUGUCUUUACAUAAGUUGGCAGCUUUCUUAACUCAGCUUAAUGAAUCGAUACAAUACUCAAUGAAACUCGUUUCUCAAGUUGCCCAAUCUCCCAAACUUAAACGUAAAACUAGUCGAAGUUCAUCGUUUCGUUCAAGUAAUAGCAGCGUUGAGAGCAUGAAAUUAGCCGCUUCUAAUACUGUUCAAAAGAUAACAAACGUGGCAAGGAAUGUUUCGUUUAGGGAGGGUAGACAUACACCUCGUUUGGGGAGUAGACCUUCCUCAACUGUUUCGACAGACACACCAAACAAAUUGAAGCAAAAGUUAGGUUAUCUGGCUACGCCUUCGGUUCCCUUGAAAUCACCAUCUGUCACCGUUGAUCCUGGACCGAAUUCAUUUAGCGCAAAUGACGAAGUCGUUGCUGGUAACUUUUCAAGACGCAUUAGAAAAAGCAUUAGCCAAUCGGAUGUACGAUUAGCGUCAGCCUUCAAUGAUUCGAGUAAUAUUGGUGAGAAUACUUUAGUCUCUCAGUCGCAAAUGGAUGUAUCAGCGUCAUCUAAAAAACGUCAUCGGUUUCCAUUAAUGCCUUGGACAAAAAGCGCAACAAUGUGUAAUAAUGAUUCGUUGACCUCGAACGGUAAAAGAAAGAAAGGAAAACAAAGGCAUUUAAUAGAUUCAAGUAUUGCAUCCGAAGCAGAUGUUUCUCUUCUAAAAAAGAAAAAUGGAAUUAAAGGAUCAAUUAGAAGUUUUUUCAAAAUUAGUAAGGAUAAUAAACCGCCGAUAGCUCCAAGAGCAAAGAAAGUCUUAAAACAAUCGUGA